AUGGCUCCCAAGAGUUUGUGGGGAGCUGCUCUCUCCAAACUACGAAAGGCGUCUGCACAAGAAUCAGACCUUACCCAGCCUGACCUCACCCAAACUCAGCAUGAGACCCAAUCUGAACUCAUCCUACCUGUUUACCCUCGUUUCAAACGUCCCGUGUCCAACCAAUCCAGCGUUUAUUCCGAAUUCAUGUUCCCACCUACCCCUCUCCCAACUGUCCCUAUGGCAUCUGAUUCCAACCUUGACCCUCUCGCAAUGGCUUCGACCAUCUCCCAGGCUCGCCUGAAUGCUUUGCACUCAGGACAGGACUUGGACGCGUUUUUCAAACCGGCCAAGGACUGUAUUGAUGCUUAUGCCCAGGCCAGCAAGGCCAUGGUGGAGAAUGCCUGUGCGCGUGUCAAAGAUGGAGAGGACCCUCCCUAUGAAGAAAUUGAACAGAUAAAGGAACGCUUCUUCAGAUACUGCCAGUCAAUUGUGGGGGAAGCUUUGUCUCUGAUCAAUGGUACUGCCAACCCGCGUCGCCAAGUUUCCAGCAAUUCGACCAUGCCUUCGCUCGUCUCCUCCAAUUCAAACACAACUGGAUCUGAGCCGAAAACGACCUUCAAGUCUGGAUCAUCUGCUGACAGAGCAGCAUUUUCUGAGGCAUUGCUCGCAUCUAGCGGCCGGCGCAGCCUCCGUCUGUACACUGUGAGCAGCGAUGACUGGGUCAUGGUUCCAUCUAUGCCCUCGCCCACAUCUCCUACCAAGGUCGUGGUUCCCGAGAACAUGGACCCUGUCGAAGAAUCCAUUCAUUUCGGUGUCAUCGUGCGCAUCUUUGGCAAGUUGUACACUAUGUCAAAGUUGAUGGAGAUAAUCAUCUUGUACUACGGUGUUGAGAACGACAACUCCGAGACUGGUCUACCAUACUGGAUCAAACGCAGUGAAGAGAAUGUGCGCACCCAGGAUAUGGUUGAGCUGAUCGACACCGUCGAGAACCUCUAUUAUGCCCUUUAUGCGCGUGUUACCAUUGAGCUGGCUAGCAUUGAGCUCUGUGGUUCUUACCGUGUCGACCUUCGUGCAUUGCGAAUCGAGCUUCCAUUCCUCAUGCCAGAGGCAGACCACCUCUACCGCAUUGUUCUUGCGUUCAAGGACGUGUUGGACUCUCCUGAGAUCUGCGCAAUUCGUCGGACAGACGUCAUCGCUUACUUCCAGCAAGGAUACAUCAACCAGGUUAUGAAAAAGAAAAGCGAGCAAGAACUUCCCUUCUUUGACCCCCUCGGAUUUCGCCCGUUUGCGAUGAGAACUGUCUCCUACCGUCAUGGGUCCUACUGUGAAAAAUGGAAAGGAAUCAUUCCAUUCUUCAACGGUAUCCCAGCAGAGACCAUGGCAACAAUGUCGGAAAAGUAUCUCACCAUGACGCCUGUGACAAUUCCCCCUGAUGACGUUCCACUCGUCGAGCUUCCCUGGAUUUACCCGGACAACGUGGGCAUGGCUGUUUGGGACACAGAUAUUGUGAGGGAUUACCGCAUGUCUGAGGCCGCCAGAAGACUAGGCACAACCAUCGGAGAAGAGCGCAAGAAGGAGCCCGCCCCAGGCCUUUACCAACUCAUCAGACAACGAAAGUGCAUUUGCAAAGCUACCUGCUCAUGUGCUUCGGAGUGUACCCAAGAUGUUCAGCGCGGCUGCCCCUGUGCGGAGCGACAUGUACGCAUCAUGACGACCAAGCGUGGUCUUGCCCAAAGACGUAAUGGGCCUACUUUCGCCGCCACUGCAACUACUACCGCCCGCAUGUUCUUCCAUGGUCUUGUUGAGCUCAGACGUGAUGUUGAGCCUGCUGAUAUUGCCAAUGAACUGGACCAGGCUUUCGAAUUAUUCUCUCUGUUGAUUUCCGCAGAACGAGACAUGGCUCUCAGGGAAGAAUCCCUGGCAAGCUUCUAA